ACAGUUUUCCACGUGCGCGUAGGGCGCCGGGGUCACGUGGGGAGGCAGAAGCCAAUGGGGAAGCGUUUCGUGUAGGUCCUCUGAGGUGGUGGCGCCAGCGGCUGCCUGCUGCCAGUGAGAAAGCUGGCUGAGAGGGGACUGGGCGCCGGCGACGAGGGAGGAGCGCUAGGUCGGUAUUGGACCGAGAUUACGGUGCGCGCCAGCCACGGGAGGCCGCGGUGAGGGGCCGGGCCCGACCAGCCGACCCGAGCCGAUCGUCAGGGUUGCCAGCGCCUCUGUGGAGGAGCAGCAGUAGUCGGAGGGUGCAGGAAAGGCCACUGGAGAGGAAACCAGGCAAUUUCCACAAACCGUAGUGGUGGUUUUCGUCAGCCUUGUUAUGGCAUCAGGUUACUAAGGACCCUGGUGGUACCAUAUUCAAAAAAACAGGAUCCAUCCCUUCGUUUUGAAUCUCAAGUCACUGAGAUAUUAGAAAUGGCUACUCCCCAGUCACUUUUCAUCUUUGCAAUCUGCAUUUUAAUGAUAACAGAAUUAAUUCUGGCCUCAAAAAGCUACUAUGAUAUCUUAGGUGUGCCAAAAUCGGCAUCAGAGCGCCAAAUCAAGAAGGCCUUUCACAAGUUGGCCAUGAAGUACCACCCUGACAAAAAUAAGAGCCCGGAUGCUGAAGCAAAAUUCAGAGAGAUUGCAGAAGCAUAUGAGACACUCUCAGAUGCUAAUAGACGAAAAGAGUAUGAUACACUUGGACACACGGCUUUUACUAAUGGUAAAGGACAAAGAGGUAGUGGAAGUUCUUUUGAGAAGUCAUUUAACUUCAAUUUUGAUGACUUAUUUAAAGACUUUGGCUUUUUUGGUCAAAACCAAAACACUCGAUCCAAGAAGCAUUUUGAAAAUCAUUUCCAGACACGCCAGGAUGGUUCCAGUAGACAAAGGCAUCAUUUCCAAGAGUUUUCUUUUGGAGCUGGAUUAUUUGAUGACAUGUUUGAAGAUAUGGAGAAAAUGUUUUCUUUUAGUGGUUUUGACUCUACCAAUCGGCAUACAGUACAGACUGAAAAUAGAUUUCAUGGAUCUAGCAAGCACUGCAGGACUGUCACUCAACGAAGAGGAAAUAUGGUUACCACAUACACUGACUGUUCAGGACAGUAGUUCUUUUUCUGUUCUCACUAAAUCCAACUAGUUGACUCUUCCUCAUUACCUUUGAUGCUAAACAAUUUUCUGUGAACUAUUUUGACAAGUGCAUGAUUUCACUUUAAACAAUUUGUUAUAGCCAUUAAAUAUAUUUAAGGUUUUUUUUUUUUUUUUGACAAAUUCAGCAACAUUCAACUAGUAGACAAAAUGCUAAUUAUUUCCCUGAUUAGGAAAGUUUCUUUAAAAAACACAUUAUUUUGCCUAGUUCUUUAUCUCUACCUGCCCUUGGGCUCACUAAUGUCACCAGUUUCAUUACCAAGAAAAGAUUGAGUUUACCUGAUUAAACUUUAAAAGUUAUUGUAGAUUUAAGUUGUGUGAACCUAAUGAUUUUUGCAGUUAAACCUUUACUAAUUGAAAGUUGCAUGUUCUGUAACAUCUGUGACUUGGGUUGCAGAAUGUACAUGAAACUGUAUAAUUGAGUCAUUCAGCAAAGGAGAACAGUAUCUUGGUUAAUUGCUAAUGAAAGGUUGAGAAAGGGAUGGUUUGAUAUUUACCACAGCACUCUGCCUUUCUACAGUAGAGCUGGGGUAAAUGAAAUGGUUUUAUUGCCCAUAGUCAUUUAGGCUGGAAAAAAGUUGAAAACUUACGAAAUAUUGCCAAGAGAUUGUCAUGUGUUUGGUUCCAGGCUAAAAAUGAUUUUGUAGUGUUGAAAUCAUAGCUACUUACAUGUCUUUUCACAUUUCUUUCUUAGUUGUAGGCACUCUUAGGUCUUAAUAUGGAUUUAUGUGUUUGUGUGUGUAGUCUCUCCUCUCGCUACUCAUCUUUAUCUAGAGAUUGACUAAUACCUCAUUCUGUUUGUAAAACCAGCCAGUAAUUUCUGUGCAACCUUACUAUGUGCAAUAUUUUUAAAUCCUGAGAAAUGUGUGCUUUUGUUUUCAGAUACUUUUUUCUUUAGUUCUGCACUUUUCCAUAUUAUACUCCAUAUGAGUAUUAAUCCUGUGGAUACAUAUUAAAACAAAUGUCUCAUACAACAUUGUUUGUGAGAGAAAUAUAAAUAUUUACAACCUGAUCUUCAUUGUUGUUUUAUUGUUAAACGUUUAUUAUGCAACUCUGGAGGUAUAGAGAGCAUAUAAGCUAUGGGACAUAUGCUGAUUGCAGGUUAUAUUCAUGAAGUUACUUUUGACUAACCUGAAAACUCUGAUAGGAUUUUAUCUGUCAUUUGGUAAUUUCUACUGCAUUCUUCUGUCACACAUUUUGAUAGCUUGAAGAUAUUUUUAAUUAUAAUUUUGUUGUGUUUGUUUGCUAGGAGCAAGCGUUCCUGCUCCCAGUUCUUUCAUCUUUAGGCCUGGUUGGGAAAAAGCAGAAACUUUACAUAAAGCCGUAUUUCUUAAUCAUCUUUAAUUUGAAACUUAAGAAAAUGAAGUUAUUCUGUUAUAUUUAUGUAACUUAUUUCCUGGAAGUUAUAUCUACUAGUUUUGUUUGAUAAUAAAAUUAGCGAUACCUUGAA